AACUGUCGUCAAUAUUACGUCAGAAAACUUUUCUUACAUACGUGGAAUAACGUGCAAAUUUUUACAUACGUGGAGUAACGUACAAAUUCUUACAUACGUGGAAUAACGUAUCCAUAACGCGCACGUAUUCAUGUUGGGUCUCAAUAUUAUUGUACACAUAUGUAUAUGAUAAUUUAAAAGAAAGAGAAAUUCUAUUUUUUACAAUAUUUCCUGUAAGGCCAAUACAUUUAGAAAAUAGAAGAAAAUGUGUGGAAUUUGGGCUGUCUUUGGCUUAGAUGUACCAUCUUUAACUCAUAUUUGCAGAAACUUUGAGCAGAUAACACAUCGUGGUCCAGAAGCAUUCAAACUUGAAUUUGACCAAGCAGUUAAAAAUGGUUACCUUGGGUUUCAUAGAUUAGCAAUUGUUGACAACCUUCAAGGAAUGCAACCAAUGAGGCUUUAUCAAUACCCACAUUUAUUUUUGUUAUGUAAUGGUGAAAUUUAUAAUUACCAGAAACUUGGUAUGGAACAUGGAUUUACAUAUACCACUCACUGCGACAUAGAGGUGAUAAUACAUUUAUAUGUACAUCUUGGUAGUGAAAAUGUGGCAAAAAUGCUCGAUGGUGUUUUUGCAUUUUGUUUAAUGGACAUUAAAAGUAGAAGAAUUCUUAUUGGUAGAGAUCCCUAUGGUGUUAGACCUCUUUUCCAAUUACAGUCUGAUGAUGGACAACUUGGAAUUUGUUCAGAAAGCAAAGGACUUAUGGAUAUAACUAAACAAAUAACAUCAAAAUGGGUACUGAAACCAUUUCAACCAGGAAGUUAUGAAGAGUAUGAAAUUUUAAAUGAUGGUAGAACGAAAUUAUUAAUAAAAGAAAAUUAUUAUCAACCUGGAGACAAGGCUCAUUUUUCAGCAUUUGUUCCUUAUAACAAUUUGAGUAGCACAGAUAUGCAUGGAAAUAUAAGAAAAUUACUUUCAGCUGCUGUGAAAAAAAGAUUAAUGACUGACAGAGAAGUUGGUUGUUUAUUAUCAGGUGGUUUGGAUUCCAGUUUAAUUGCUGCUUUGCUCGUAAAACAUGCAAAGGAGGCAAAUUUACCAUACAAAAUAAAAAGUUUUGCAAUUGGUAUGGGAGACAGUCCAGAUAUUAUUGCAGCUAGACAGGUCGCAGAACAUAUAGGAACAGAACAUCAUGAAGUAAUAUUUUCCGAAAACGAUGUAGUUGAUAUUUUGGAUAAACUCAUUUAUCAAUUAGAGACCUGUGAUAUUACUACAAUUCGAGCUUCUAUUGGUAUGUAUCUUAUUUCAAGAUACAUAAAAAAUAACACAAAAACAACUGUAAUAUUUAGUGGAGAAGGCGCAGAUGAAUUGGCACAAGGAUAUAUUUAUUUUAGAGAUGCACCAAAUGCAACAGAGGCUCACAAUGAAUCUGUUCGAUUAUUAAAAGAUAUCUAUUUAUAUGAUAGCUUAAGAGCAGAUAGAACAACUAGUGCAUUUAGUUUGGAGUUACGAGUGCCAUUCUUAGAUAUUCAAUUCACAAAUUAUUUCCUAUCCUUAGAUGCUGCUUCUAGACAACCUCAAGAAGCUUUCAGUGAUGGUGUAACAUCAAUUAAGAAAUCACUAUUCCACAUCAUACACGACAUUGUGGAUGCUCAUGUAUCAGAUGAAGAGUUAGAAAAAGCUUAUUUAAAAUUUCCUCAUUGUCCUCCAAAAACUAAAGAAGCUCUUUAUUACAGAAAAGUUUUUGAAAAACACUAUGGAGGACAAGCUGAAAAUUUUGUGCCAUACUUUUGGAUGCCACGAUGGACGAAAGGAAUUUCUGAUCCAUCUGCAAGAUUUAUUACACAUUAUAAAGCAGAUGUAAAAAGUAAUCACAAAGAAUAUGAAGCCGUGAUUAAAAAUGCAAAAGAUAAUUGAUUAAUCUGAAUAUGCACAGAUUUUUACUGUUGUAUUAAUUAAAAUGUUGUAUAAAUUAAAUAAAAAACAGUCUCUAAGAAAUGUUUUUGUGAUACAAUAAUAUAAAUAAAUAGUUCAUUUGGAUAAUAAAAUGUUUAUAAAAAUAAAUUAUCCUAUACGUAUUGAUUUCUUUGUCACUAUUCAAAAUCUAUAGGUACUAAUGGUAUAAGAAUAUAAAUAAUAACGG